GAACGCACGAGAGUAGUCUUGUUUGAACGAAGGAAAUUCUGCCUCCGCGUAUUACGAUUCGCGCGUAGAACUUCCCACUUACUGAAUUAGAAUUAAUGCUUUGUAUCGUCGGAAAUAUUUGUACUUAAACAAUGAAUGUCUGCUAAAUUUGCGUUAUGAACAAACUGCUUUUUCGAAUGAAUUUGUUCUGAUUGUAUAAUUACUUGUUGGAAUACUGUUGAAAUUUUCAUUGUAAUUGUAGAAUCUGUCCACAAUGCGUCUCAAAGAUGCGAACCCAAUUCCUGACAAGGUGCUGAAUGUAAUUGCACAACUUUUUUUGGGUUCCAAAAAUGAUACAGGAAUGGAUUUUAGUAAACCACAUCUUCGACCGUCCGUAGCUCGCGUCUUCCCUCUGUUUGUGUUUCUGUAUACGUUGGUUGUGAUAGUGGGCACUGCAUCCAAUCUUGCGGUGAUAUGGACUGUCAUCAAGCACAGAUUAUACCGAAACCCAACAUUCGGCUACAUUAUCAACUUGGCCAUCGCAGAUAUCGUCAAAUGCGUCCUUGUGUUACCUAUAUCACUCACCAUUUUACUGGUCCAGAAUUGGAUCUUCGGGAGUUUCCUCUGCUACUUCUUGCCCAUGUUACAGGACAUCCCUCUGCACGUGUCAAUGCUGAGCUUCCUUCUCAUCGCCGUCGACCGGUACCGCCUAAUGCUAGAUCCCACCAAACCGAGGAUGCCGUCUUUUGUAUGCGCCCUGGGCACUUGGCUGCUGGCAGUCUGCAUCGUGCUGCCCUACCCCAUCUACAUCUCUUACCUAGACUUAGGGAAUUACAUCCAGCAUUUUGAUGGAGUUGGAAUCUGCGCUGUGAAUUUGGAAGACGACAUGCAGGAGUACAUGAGGGGCCUCUUCAUUGUCAUGUACGUGCUGCCCCUCACCGUCAUCCUAUAUCUGUACGUCAGAAUUUCCCGGGAGCUGAAAGUACAAGAGGGCCCCCUCGCCGUCAUGAUGUACGAGGCUCGAACCCGGGCUGAUCGCUCACGCAACGGUUCGUCAUGCCAGCAGUUCAGGGGAAGCCAGCAGGACUGUGACGACAGUCAGUUCUCCUGCCCUGCUCACGGCGACCUUUAUGAAGCUGAAAUGGACGUCAGCAAAGAGAAGAGAAACCAAAAGUACCUCAUCUCCAUGGUAACCAUCUUUGCCAUCUGCCUGUGCCCGCUAAUGGUGUUGAGAGUGGCGAAGCUGGCUUUGAUAGAGACCUAUGAAAAUAGUGGUCACUUUGAUAUCACUUUCACCCUUUUUGUGUGGUUCGCGUUUCUGCCGACAUGCACCACCCCCUGUCUCUUUGCAUCGUGGAGAAUGAGUCGGAUUGCUAAGGAACGCCUUCGAGGUUACUUCCGAUUCAGUAACCGGAAAUUACGUGGCGGAUGUGACACUUCUCGUGAGGGGCAACAGCAACGCUCUGCCCACGUGCACAACAUGGCGUACACUGAAAAUGUCGCAGGCGAGAACGGCAUUUGCAUUGCUGAUGUGAUGCACGAAGCGGACCGACACUAUCAACAGGACAUCUCGUCUUCCUGAUGCCACAUCAAUGACAUCAUACACUAACACUCGCCCUGUCGUCGCGUCAGGGUCGAGGCACUGAUCUGAUGUGACCCAAGACGCGGCACCCUUUUAAGGGCCUCUGAAUUUGCGUUUCACUGGAAUUAAACUCUUGAAAAUUCUCAACAUUUCUGCAAAACAAACUUGUUGGGAAACGGCAUUGCGGUUUGUGACGAACACAGAAUCUUCAGAGAUUUACAAGCGAGGAUUUCGUCAUAAAGGUAUGAACAGGAAUCGUUAAACCCAUGAUAACACUAAUGUGUAACAACAAUUACAAAACCGAUCACUGAAUGUAAAGAGGUUGGAUUUAUAAUUGUUAUUAUCACGUAAAAAUGUAUGAUGUCAGUUUUCAGGUUUUUCUGUAUUUUCGACACAGAUUACUGUGAGAAGAACGUCGUCAUACCAAAUUUAAUAGUUGUAAUUAAGAGCAACGGAGCUUUGUCAGAUUUAGCUGUGCUCUGAAAAUUGAAAGAAGAUGAAACUCCGUUUAUAAUUUAGUGAUGUCCAACUCAAAUAUUUUAAUUCGUACAUUUUGAAACAGACACAACAAUUAUAUUAAUCAUUUGAAUUUACUGCAGUAUUAAUUUCAUACUUAAAUAUCCAACAGAUCGUAUAACAGAUUAAAGUUUUUUGUUGGGCAGAAAACUCCGUCGCUGCUGUCUGUACCUAAGUUCAUUCUAUCAGUAUUACCAACUCAGACAUCAUAUUCCUCUAGUACCUUUUAUAGUUCAAGAUUCUGGUAUCUGAAACUAGUCAUGCACAUCAAUAAAAGUCCAAAGAUCAAAUAAAUAUGGCGGAAAAAAAUUUGAGACUCACGUAUGAGCUGACACGUUAAGUGAUCUUUACAGUUUCUGAUUGUGAAUUCGCCUUAAAAUAAUCUCAAUAUUUUUUUAUUUAUAAUUUACUUAAUGAUGCUUUUUCAGUGGCUCAGACUAUAUAGCGAAUGUUUCCAUAGGUUAAAGAGAACACAUUUUAAUAUUCUGCAGUAAUAUUUUUAAAUUUCUCGUUAUUAACGAAUGAAACUCGAUUUGUAGCUCAAUAACUGUAAUAAUUACAUGACGAAAGGUUUCCACUAAGUUCAGUUGGACUUAUUUGAGGCGUGUGGUUUGACACAGCAUAACGGUAUUUGUAGUGUAGCGUUAGCUUCAAAUUUACUAAGUGUUUAAUGAUAAUAUUGUUCAUUAAGUUAUGCUAAUAUAUUAAUAUACUACAGGCUGCAUGUUAUAUCUGUUGUUGAAUUCGAUAAUUUAGGAUAGAUUCGUGGCUGUGUUUCCUGUUUAUGCGUUACUAAAAUACAAAAGUAUAUAACACCUAAUUUAAGAAGUUUAUAUUAUUGUAUAUCAACUAAAUAUUGUUAGCUAUUUAAAAUCAUAAAAUGAUAUAUUUUUUGAUAUAAUAUUUGUGAAAUACAAGACUAAUGACCAAUUAUUUUAUCUCGUUAAUAUUCGAAAAAAACAAGUAAUUUUUUGGCACUUCAAAUUAAAUUGAGCAUAAAAGUAAGCAAAAUUCUAAAACUAUAAUUAUAAAGAACAGUUCACAACUGUCGACUUAUCAGUCACUUCACAAUGUAAUCUAGAUCCCACAGGACAUUAUAUAAAAAAUCUUUGUGGUUUGUUGACAUGGUUUCGAUCCACUGGAUACAUUUAUCCUAGUCAAGUUAAAUAUGCAGAUGUAGCAUCACGGCUUUGUAGGUCUAGAAGUUUAUACAUCAUUGCGGUUAAAUAUUUAAAUCUUUGUUAUAAUCAGCGAGAGGUUAAUAUUUUUCUGUGUAGUAUAAAACGUAAACUAUCAGUCAUUGCUGUGUGGUUCUGAUGCUGGUAUAUUAUAAUCAGUAUUGGCGACUGGAUAUUUGGAUGUUCAUUGUACACGGUUCUUAAAGGGACACAACAUUUCUGAAGUUGUAUCCAUUUCCAACCUCAUCUGUCCGCAUAUCACAACUCGAGAAUCACUUACUGGACGAUUUCUUUGAAAGUUGGGAAAGUUUUACUAAAAUUUUCCGACGUAUUCCAGUUCCACAGAUAGACAUGUCCUCUCCAUUAUAUUUUAACUUAAUUCACUGUGUGCAAAUCACCUAAUUCUGUAGGCGUCAAUUCAAUGUUUGUGCGAUCCAAAAAUAUAUAAUUUCCUGUGGAAGGCAAUUCAGGCAUUAGGCAAGAACUUGCUUCUGCCUCUUAAAUGAAUUUUGUUUCUCAUAAUAAAUACUGGCGAGAGUUAUAACUCUAAUCAUUGUUAUUCCUACGCAAACAAAUACACCCUUUAAUACAAUUUUAAAAAUUAAUUUUAGCGGACAAUAAUCCCCUGUCGUUUCCACUUAAUUUCAACCCAACUUUCAAUUCUGUUAGGAACUGCCAGUUCUUUAUAAACUCGAGAUUCUGUUCUCUUUCUUUCUUUAUAAAUCUUUUUAGCAGCUUUGAAGAGAUUUUAUUUUAUCUUUUACAUCUUCAAAUAAAUUUUCAAGUAUUACAGCAUUCCAGUUUGUAAUACAAUAGACAUCAAAUAACGAAUAAUACUCAAACCUUGCAACUCGUAUUUCCUGUUUUGUGUUUAAAAUACACUUGGGAAAUCACUUGAUGUUAUUUUAUGCCCAGUUGUGAUAGAAUUUGCCCUUUAAACGAAUGAGCUGCUGUGCACGCAUUUUUUGCCGUGAAUCAUCAGGGUUUUAAACUUCCAGCAAAGUUCAUGAUUGUUACCACAGAGAGACAUCUUUUCGCGAUGUUACAGAUUCCUGUGCAUUUGUUAUGAAAAUAUACAACCUUUAAAAGCAGAGAGCAGUAAAGUUUGAAAAUGGAAGUAGACUACAGACAAGCAUCGAUAUAUAUACACACACAUUAGUACGCAAAAGAUACUCGAAAGAACAUGUAUCGAGAAAUGAUAGGAAAAUAUGCCUCUGUAAUUUUUAUUCAUGACAAUUUCUUGAAAUUUAAAAUCAAGAUGGGAUCCCGGGUUCGAAAAUCUGAGCUAUUUUCCGCGAUUUUCUUGAUGUUACAGCUUGGUGUUUCGCUUAUCAUUGCUUUGUAUUAAUUAUUUAUUAAGAAUUCAGGACCCACUUCAAACUCGGCCCUAUUCUACUGAAAAGGUACCGACCCCUUUGAAGAAUAUCCAAAAUUCUACAACAUUGUUUCCACAAUUUCUCUAACGUCGAUCAGAUCGUCGUUUCAUAGGAUGAAAAGACAGGGAUGGAAGUUCCUAGCCCAGUUACUCGCCCCUGUUAAAAUGUGUAAUCUUAUGAUAGGCAGGAUCAUUACCGACUUCACAAGAUCCUGCCUGUGGACCACAUUCUGAUAAGCGACGUUCCGUCGGCGUGGGUUUGUAAACCCCUGCCCAUUAUCCGUGAUUCUUUGCUUCAACACGUCCCCAAUCACUAUCCAUAUUUGUAGUUAAGUUUCCUCCGUCAGAAACCUGAAGCCAUGCCUUCGUGACAAGUUGCUACAUAAUCUAACUUACGCACGUUUCAGUUGUGAUAAAUUCAAGUUUGUCUGUUACUGAGAUCCAUUCACUUUUGUUUAUUAAAGACGUAACAUGCUUGUAAGCUGUCGUUCAAUUCUGAACUACACGAUGACAGUGCUACGGAUUACAUAUCUGUUUCUGGAACGUGGUCGACUUUCGGGUGUCACAGAUUUAGUAUGGACAAGCCUGGGACUUUCGCCACAUAACAGCGAAGGACAACGAAAGUCAUCGUGCGGAUAUAACAGACACUACUAGCGAUCUCUGAUCAUAAGAUUAAACGAUCGAUGUCAUGAUGAAAAUACUAUUGAUAUUAUGAAUCAAUUAAAUUCAGUAUCCGUUACAAAAUAACCCAUCAAAACACGAAGUUAAUAUAAAUUUAAUUAAAAAUUAAAUUUAUACCUAAAAGAAACACGAUGCAUCUCCAUCACAAAAUAUUAUUUGGCUAAGACUGUUUAAAGAAAGAAGAGCUGUUUAUUUUGAGAAACGUACAAAACCCAUAAAUAAACUCUGGGCAAAAUUCAAUUGUUUAACGUUAAAGCAAUUGGCACAUGUAAGCUACGAAACUUCUAGUUAACUCCGUGCGGGGAAAUCCUUCUUGAGAAUCUCUUAGUAACGUCAGCCAAUCGUUGAACUCCCUAUCUUUUAUGCAACCAAGAGGUCAAUUAAAAUUUCCGAGAUAAGAAUCCCCGACGAAUCCAUUCCACACACCAUACCCAUUUUACUGCAAUCUGUUUAAAUAUUUUACUCCCAUCUACGGCUAGGUCUUCAGGGUGAUCUCCUCUCUUCAGGUUUCCUAAUUAAAGUAUAUCCCAAUGCGUGCUAUAUGCCCCACCCAUAUCGUUCUCCUUGAUUUUACCCUGCUAAUUCUUUGAGACAAAAACUCAGAAGACAAUCUUAAAAUUACCUACUUUAAAAACUUCUAUUUUAUUCUAUUCGGAUCCAUCUCCUGAAAGAUACUUACGUAGAAUUUUAGAGGUCUAUGUUUUUAAAUUGUAUUGUAAUAUUUUCUCUGUGUAUUUUGCCUUCUAGUUUAACGUCUGUAUUUACCAGUACGGCCUGACUAUCUGAAGAGCAUUGCUUUUUAUAUCUGAAGAGCAUUGCUUUUUAUGAGACCCUAGUUCCCAGUGCUGUUUAAGUCUAAUGUACGGGGGCAAACCUACAAAAUGCCUUUUUAUUCCACUGUCAUAAAACGUCAGAAACUGUUAAUGCACGACAUAAACAUGUAGUUUUAAUCACAGAUCAUCAUAAUGUUUAUAAACAUGACAUAAUAAACACGGUACCAUAUAAAUCUUAUUGUAUGAGUUUAAUUCCAACAGGUUAAAAUAAAUAUUUUACUCUGUAACGUAAGCGAAUGAUGGUUGUAGUUUUGAAAAAAAAUGUUAUAGUUACGUAUUUCUGGGCCAGUCCAGUUGUCUAGUGAUUAGAAUAGUAGGCAUCCGAAACGUCCGUUGUCACUAAUAAUACACAAAAUGUCAUUAUAAUGACAACCAGUCAUCUAACUGAAGACGGAAAUGGACCCCACUCCCGAAAAGUCCCAUAUAACAAAUGUAUCUCAGAUUAUGUACACUAGCCAACAAUGUCCCUGUAAUGAUGUGUGAUAACGUUUGUCCUAUCAAAUUUGUAUGGGUAUUAAUAUUCGCUUAACAUAACACCGAACUUUGGCUCUUUAAAAUUAUAUUUGCCAUGAAACUCUGUGAUUGCACAUUACAAUUCAGGGCACACCAGAUAAGGAUUGUACGCCCCGUGUAAGCAGUUCUGUUAACACAGUGAAACGAUAAUAAUUUGAUUGCGUGCCCUAAUGGACUGCGUAUGGUAAAGUUAUAGUCAUUAUAGUGAAAUUAUAUUCAAACUGGUUGUAAACGACAGCAGAGCUCUGAUGUGUCUACUUCCUACCUCGGUUUACCAAAUUUGAGUAACAUUGUUUUUAUGUAAUUAAUUAACUUUAUUAUAACUCAUCCAUAUAUUAAAAAUAUAUUGGUUUACCCAUAUAAAAUAUAGCAACUUUGCCUUGAAGGUGGAUUCCAGGAUUGUAAAAAAGCACAAUUGACGUAAAUCACAACAAAGAUAAUCUUUUAGUUUUGACUUGUCAGAAUUUUGUGACAAACUAGCAAAGUACACGUGGAAAAUGUACAGAUCCAGUUCAAUCCGAAGUUUUAAUAUUAUUUUCACAAGAGCUAGCUGCUCGUCCCUGCUAUAUUAUCCAAUCCACAACUUCACAAAUUUAUUUAUUUAAAAUUAAUUGUAAUAUUAUCAUCCCAUAUGUGCUUAGGUCUUCCAAAUAGACUCCCUUCCCCAGAUUGUUCGACUAAAAUCCCGUAUACAUUUUUCUACUCUCCCGUGAGUGUUACUUGCCUGUCCAUAUCGUCGUCCUUGAUUUGAUUACCAUAAUAAUGUUUGGUGAGUACAAAUUAGGAAGCUCCUAAUUAUGCAUUUUUCUUCAACCUCCGAUUAUUACAUCUCUCUUAGUUUCAAUAAAAACGUAAAUAGGUAGUUCUUUAUUUUGGUCUGUGGUCUUUUGGGUUAUACAUCGUGUAAUUUUGUGCGUGUUACCAACUUUCAGGUAGAACUUAUCGCCUAUGUCUUCUGCCCUAAAGAAGUUUCCCUCUGUUCUGUUAUUUUUUGAUCUAUCUAAAUAUCCCCGUUCGCCCAUUUGCACCGGUCUUUUCAAUAUAGGUUUUUUUCGAUAAAAUUUUAACCUCCAUUAUUCGUACUUCCAUUCAAGCAUUUUCCACUCGUCUCAUAUUUACUUUUUUUUAGAGUAUGCUCUAAUACCUACUCUGGAUUCAUAAAUUUGUGAUGCAUGGUAUAUCCAUCUAUUUAUACCUGUGUUCAACAUGUUUGUAUUGUUCCGAUCGUUUCCAUAUUUAUUAGCAAUCAACUCGAUAAAAAUUCAUUAUAAGCCAUUAUCGAACAGAAGUUGGUAUGACAGGGUUUUUCAGGCUUUUUCCCUGUACCGUAGACAUAAGAAACAAGUACAUAUAUUUUUUAUGGUAGUCGUACGUUAACUUGUUUAGCCCAGUCGACGCUCUAAAGAAACAAAAAGAUAGUGUGUUCUGUUUUACUUUCGUAGUUUAAUGGGACCCAAUACACUGGAACACAGCAUAAUCGAUCAGAUUAAAAAAAUAUUGCUAGCCAGUUCCAGGUAGCCCAAAGCGUUGUUAGCCAACCAGUUGAUGCUUACGCUCGCUACGAGCGUCUGGCUGGCUAGAGGUCGGGAAAGAUGCAUGUUAUCUGAUCGGUUCUGCUGCGAUCCAGUGUUUGCAGUACCGCUGAACAACGAAAGUAAGACGAUUUAUUUUUCGUAUUUUCAAAGUGUUAGCCAGGCUAACACUGCUACCAUGGUUAACAUAAAAGUUAGGCCUCUGAUAGCGUCCCUGAAUAUAAAUGACAUAAUUGGGUGGCGUUUCGUUCAGAAGCUCCCGUUUUCAGGGGGGGAGGAACUACUCGGUUGUGGUCGAUUAUAAAGUGUUUCCUUAUAAUUACAACGUCGUUGGUGGAACUAACCUCCAAAACGACGUAGACCUACAUUAUUUUAUAAGGCAAGGAAGAAUGUUCAAAAACAGAGCCGUCCCUAGAGGGUUGUAGGUCCCCAGGCAAAGCAGCCUAUGUGGAAUUCGUCCUUGAGAUUUGUACGAGAAACAAAACAAUGAGAGCCAGUAACCUGUACGUUUAAAACUAUUGGCACAAAGAUGUAUAUUUUCAAUGAGCGUAUUCCGAUCUAUGCUCUGAUAUUACAAUGAAAUUAAAAUAUUUUGUCUUACAUUUCUACUUAUUUGGGCACUAAAUGUUUCGCUGUGCCCCCUCACCCUAAGGACGGCCCUGUCCGCACAAAAUACUUUCACUUUUGUAUUACAUGUUUAUCACAAACCUUUCGAAUCAUGUAUUUUUUAUUUGUCAGUUUUACAACGUUGUGAACUAUAUAGAUACUUUUUAGUGUCUGUAAAGAAUCCACUACCUCGGCCGAUAAAUGUAGCUACGUAGGCUGAGGUACCCAUAAACGAACAGAUACGUUUUGCCAACAGGAUUCUUCAUGUUCACAUAUGUGCACGCAGCGUGAUUUACAUAGAAAAUCAGUAUCAGACACUAAAUAAACAAUUUACGUGACGCUGUGAAGGGCAAUAUUAAAAAUAGAAACAACCUCAGUUAGUGCUUCUUAAUUCCCUUUCAUAACAUCAGCAUAGCGGUCAUGAAAAUUUGUGAUGUGCAACAAUAACCUUGAACUUUUGUAUAAAUUUACAAAAUAUUGCAACGUUUAUAGAAUAUUUUAAGUAAAACUAAAAAAAACAACAACGUGGUAUCUUGUAAAAUAUUUCAAUGUGAUCACUGUGUAUGCUGAAUGUUAGUAAAUUAACACAUGGAAUGUGUAUGGUGACAUGAAAGUAGUUUUUACCGGAAUUAUAGGUAGCCAGAUUAUACAAUGUCUAGUUGUUCGGAAAGCUGAAAAUGACCACGCCAACGGUGGGCGGUUUUAAUGUGUGAAUUUAAUUCUGUUCCUCCACGUGUCAAGUAAUUUGCUCAUUAACAUUAUACGUUGUAAUUUUAUCUGUUGAUGAAGUAACAACGUGACAUCAGAGAUAUUACAAUUUAAAAGUAAACUGAGUAUAAAUAUAGUAUAAAUAAAUGUGGUACAUAAAUAUUAAUUACAGAAUUUAUCACUGGCCAUCGCUGAUUAUUCGUAUUAAAUGUAAAAUCAGUUAACAGUCUCUGUACAUGUUUAUUAUAUGUAAAAUAUUGUGCUGUGACACUGUUCUGUUCAUUUGUGUGCAGUAAUUGUUACGUUGUUUGUAAGUAAAGUGUAUUCUGACACUAUA